AAGAGAAUUUCCAGUCUUUUAUGUGUGGCCUGAAGAGUGUGGUGUGUCCGUGAUUUCGGCGUUUGGGUCCGGUCGACGACACUUCUCCCACCCUAAAAAAAAAGAAAAAAACUCUAAGAGUGUGUGUAUGUGUGUGUGUGCGAGUGUGGUGGGGCCAAAGAAGGAAUUUCUCGUUGCACACACUCUGUCGUCAAAGAAGUCCGACAUUUUGGGUUUUUCUAUCGCCUUGGUUUUUAGUCUUCUCAGUUUUAACCUCACCAGCCAGAUGACCCAAAAUUAGUUAUUUGUGUCGACCCUGUGAAGGACCAUUUUCUAUCAAGGAUAACCACACCAACACAAGAAAUCGCCGAUGGGAUCGGUACAACAGAAGCCACCACACCAAAAGUCAACAGCCAACCAGACAGUGCCCAUUGCUGUCACAAACUUUUGUUGUACCAGCUCGGGCUCUGAUUGUGGUUAAUAGCCAACCCAAUCACUUGCAGAACCACACACUACUAGGCACGGCAGAAGAGAAUGCUUGUGUGAUCAGUCAAGAAAGAAAGUGGAGCCAUGAUCAGGCUUCUGUGAUAGAGCCUUUUUCUUCUCACAACCAAAAAGGCUCGAGGUUGUGUUCCUGUUCUUUUUGUGUAUGUCCCAUUACAACCCAGAAUCAUUUAUUCUGCCUGUGCCCAUCACUCAAAAAGUAGAUAGGAAUAAGCCAGGCUAAAGGUAGCCCUAGCUGUUGUGUGUUGGGGGAAAAGGGUGGGUGUUGUGUGUGUGGGUUAGUUUGGCGAUGUCGCUGGGCUAUUUCAUGAACACGCGCUGGGGCGGACUGGCGGCAGCCGUAGCGGCACAGCAAGCAAGCAACGACGAAAUCAACGCUCUCAAUCCAUCGGCCAUCCCGCAUCACUAUACGGAGGAAAACAGCAAUCCAUUCGCCUUCACGUUGCCCUACGGCGCCCCAUUAUCGAUUGCCGGCGCUUAUCCUCAGCACCACAGCGGUGGUAGUGCCACAACGGGAAAUAACGGUGUUCCAACCUAUCAUCAUCAACAGCAGCAACAACAGCACCACCAUCAUCAUUCGCACAACUCAUUUGCGCCUUCCGUAGAACUUGGAGCCGCCUUGGGUCUUGCGGGUGGACCGUUGGAUCCUCUCCGUCUGACUUCUCCUUCUAUGCCACACCUCUGUGGUCUCGACGAGAGGACGAUCGGACAUUUCAAAUCUCUCUAUCCUCCUCCGCCAUCUCUGAGUGGUGUAGGCCAGAUCGACGAUUCCUCGUCGAUGCUGUGGCAACCACAUCAACAGUCUCUACCCGUCGCUGUGCCUCCUCAUCACUCUCUACCUCUACCCACUUCGUCGUCCAAUACUCAUCCAUCGUUGAAUUCGUUGGGUAACAACGGACAACAACAACAUUUGAACGCUCAUCCACCGCAAGGAGUUGCUCUGUUGCCCAUUUUGACUCCACACGUUCAAUCAUCCGAAAUGCCUAGUGACAGUCCACCGUCUCAGCAACAGCAGAGCUCUUCGUCUGGUAGUAAGAGCAAUGGAACGGGUAAUGGAGUAGUUACGAAACCCAAAGCCAAGCCACGACAGCCGGAGGAGGUGCUCAAGUACUUCAGCAACGUCCUGACUCCGUACGAAUGCCAGGAGAUUCUCAACUACCCUCAUGUCUACUUCAUCGGCGCUAUGGCUAAGAAGCGGCCUAUUCUGUCAACGCACAACUCGGGCUAUGAUGACGAACAAGAUUCAUACAUCCACGUCGUCCAUGACCACGUGGCCUACCGCUACGAAGUACUCAAAGUCAUUGGCAAGGGCAGCUUUGGCCAGGUGGUGAAAGCUUACGACCACAAGAACCACGUCUACGUGGCAUUGAAAAUGGUCCGCAACCAACCCCGUUUCCAUCGACAAGCCCAAGAGGAGAUUAAAAUCCUGGAGCAUUUGAAAAAGCAAGACAAGGAUAACAAAAUGAAUGUUAUUCAUUUGCACGAUUGUUUCGUUUUUCGCAAUCAUGUCUGCAUCACCUUUGAACUGCUCUCUAUCAACCUUUACGAGUUGAUUAAGAAGAACAAGUUCCAGGGCUUCAGCCUGCAGCUGGUCCGCAAGUUCGCCCAUUCGCUUCUUCAGUGUUUAGAGGCCCUCGCUCGCAACCGCAUCAUCCAUUGUGAUAUGAAACCUGAAAAUGUCCUACUGAAACAGCAGGGUCGCAGUGGCAUCAAAGUUAUCGAUUUUGGCUCGAGUUGCUACGAGAACCAUCGGGUCUACACGUACAUCCAGUCGCGCUUCUACCGAGCUCCCGAAGUCAUUCUGGGCCUGCGCUACGGCCUUCCCAUCGACAUGUGGUCUUUGGGGUGCAUCCUGGCUGAGCUCCAUCUCGGAUACCCUCUUCUUCCCGGCGAGGACGAAUCGGACCAACUGGCCUGCAUGAUUGAAUUACUGGGCAUGCCGCCACCGAGGCUCAUCGAGCAAUCAAAACGAGCCAAAAUGUUCUUCAGCUCCAAGGGAUACCCUCGCUAUUGCAUGGCCACGACGAGGCCGGACGGAACCAUCGAGCUGCAAGGCGGGUCGUCUAGACGAGGUAAACCGCGUGGGCCACCCGGUUACCGGAGUUUGGCCACAGCCCUUAAAGCCAAAGGACAGGGAUACAAGGCCACCACCGCCAACAGUGCAGCCAAUGCGGCCACGAACGGCAUCAGUGCCGCCGAGUGGUCCGAAGAUGAAACGCUCUUUGUUGACUUCAUCUCGCGAUGCCUUGACUGGGAUCCAGAGACCCGUAUGACUCCGGAUGAGGCCUUGCGGCACGGCUGGCUUAGACGCCGCUUGCCACGAACACCGGCCAAAUCGACGGCCGUUGAGAGUCCGGCUAGACAAGCGCCUUGGCGGACGUCGAGUACGGGCAGCGUAGGUAGCGGGACCAAUAGUCUUGGUGGAGGUCCCGGUGGCGGUAAUGGCGGUUGCAUCAGCGACCGUUCCAGUGGUGGAACUGGAGACCUGAUGGUCCUUGGUGAUACGACUUCAUCAAAUGGGACAACAGUCAUGGUUCAACAGUCUACAUCUUCGGUUGGUACGUCGACCUCGGCUGCCGGGAGUAGUCAACAACAGCAACAGCAACAACAGAAUGGAGGAGGAGCUUGGCCACCGGUGACGACCCGGGUUUUUAUGCGGACCCGACGAGCUGCCAUGAACGAAGCACUAGCUUUGGCAGGCCAAGGAAGCUCUUCGGCAACUGCUUCUGGCGGCAUGUCUGUGGCGACCAAAUUACCCCACAGCGGCAGUACCGGCUCUUUAGCUUCUACACUGACGGGUCCAGCGGCAGCGGCCGGGCAAAGACGAUACUCUACCCGGUUACCCGUCAUUGAUCACUCGUGCUACCCAAACGGGGUUUCGUCCUAAAACCCCGGGGAGGGUUUUUUGGACCGAAAGUUUUUACCCCACCUCCCUCGCCCCUAUACAAAACACCAAUCUCUUUAAACUAUUCUUCUUUGUUUUUUUGUUUUUUGGUUUUUUUUUCUUUCUUUCGCGCUCUCGGUUUCAUCUUCUCUCUGAUUUUUACUUGAUAUGUAUUUUACCCCGGCAUUCUCAUUUCACGCGACAUGGACGAAACAUUCGUCGUGAGAAGCCAUCGACAGCAUAUGCGUCCUCCCUGUACGCUUGACUUUGUGUCUCGUCAACUGUCUUUCUCCCCCCUCCCCCUACGCAUCUAUUUCGAGGAGCAGCAAACGAUAAAAGUCAUCAGCCGUUGUCGACUUCUUGUAUUACCCUGUUUUCGGAAUUGUUUUUCCUUUCUGUGGAAAGCAAAACACUCAAGGGUAAGGAAGAACGCAGAAAUCUCUUAUUUCGCUAGUGCACGCUUACUUUGAAGAAGAUGAAGAAGAUGAAGAAGAAAAAAGAACGAAGAAGAAGAAGCUGAAAACGGACUGUCUCUAUCUCCUUAUCAAAUUCUGAUCUCCGCGGAUCGUUGACGAAUUGUCUUGCUUCUUAUUUCAACUCCCGAACGAGGCAUGGAACGUCACACUAGGGUGGGCUAAAAAAAAAAAAACGGAUUGAAGAAGGCGACGACGAAAUUUUUUUAAAAAGCAGAAGCUCUCUUCCACACCCACUCGCUCAUUCGUGAUGAUCUCUCGCUCGCGUUGUCUGCAAGGAUAUCGCUGAGGAAGUUUAGGUUCCUCCGGGUGGUUACAAACAAAAUAAAAAUAAGACACAUAAUUAUAGAAGGGAGAUUUGGGAAUGUUGCUCAUUCAUUGAUUCUGGACUAGUUUUCACGUUUUUACUAUUGUUUUUUUCUUUCUGUUUGUUUGUUUGUUUUUUUUUCAUAUUUUUUCCUAUUUCUUUCAUUUCCUUCUUUUCUUUUCAAUAGUUUUUUUUUUUUUUUUUUUUUUUUGUGUGUGUACUGUGUUGGGUCGAAGUUCUGUCUUUGGACGUCGCCAUAUCAACACGCAAAAAAAAAAAAAAAAAAAAAAUCUUAAAAGAAAAACAAAUUUAUUUAAAAGAAAAAGACAAAAAAAAAAGAACGGAAUUAUUUAGUGACAUUUGGGCGAUUACCUUUGACCAGAGCCAAACAAAAGUGCAGAGACGGCAAAUAAUCUGUAGUUUCUCUCCACAACAUUCUCUCAGAAUGAUUUUUUUUUUUUUUUUUAAUUUGCAUCCCUUUCCCAAUAUUUUUAAUGAUUUGGUCGAUGAGAGCAACGGUCCCAUUGUAAUUUGCCCAUCUUUUGUUUCAGAAAAAAAAACUCGUUUCGAUUGGCGACUCACGUUAUGACACCCGCAACAGGAACAAGUGUAGCAUUGUUUAGAAUGUCCAUUAUAGUUUUGUUGACAAACAUGAUUCCUCUCCGAACGUUCUCUCUGCUUCUUCUUGUACACGUGAGAGAAGAAACGUAUUAUUUCAUACCAUUUGAUUUGGAUCCUCGCAUACAGAGAAGGAAUACCGUCGCUCAGCAAAUAGUUGAUCGCACCUCGAGGGGAAAAUAUGUUUUCUCUUUCAGUGCCCAGCGUCAUUGCGUCCUCGUCGGUUAAAACCGUUGUCUCUUUUCGGUCAUGAAGCUGCCGUGGCGAAAUGUUAGUUUCCCCGAGCACGGAAAAAGCCACCGAUCAUUCAGGGUCUUCGGAAGGAUCUUGAAAAAUUCGCGGAGGGGAAUCAUACACGCAAUUCUCCCCCAGCAGAAAGCAUCUGUCUCUUCUCUCCAAACUUGUUCCGUAGUCCUCGUUGUCAUGACCAAAAUGCAUCGUAGUAAGCUUUAUUGCGUUGUUCACUUCUCACUCUCGCUAGAGAUCCGAAAAUCAUCUUGCCCCGACCGUCGACUCUCGCUGUCCUUCUCUAUCCAUCUCUCUAUUUCUUUCUCUCUAUGUGUAUUUGUUUAUGUUUUUUUUAAUUGAUGCUCUGUCGUGUGCGUGCGUAUGCGUGAAAGUGCCGAGUAUCGCUAUUGCUACUGCUGCUCUAAUGCUGUGUGUUUGGCCUUGUAUUUUGGACGAUAGUAAUGAAGUGAAUGACUGAUUGUGUCACAAUGUCUUGUGGGCUUCAAACCAAUUUUUCCCUCAUGUUUCCCAUCUCUCUACGAUUCUCUUUUGUGUUCCUCCUCGUAUGUUAGUAUUGAACGUGAUUUUAAGUCGACAAGACAGCGAAAAGAAAAAAAAACUCGUAAGAAUCA